CGCUUCCUCGUCAGUGUUGAAUCUUUCUUUCCUGAGUCCCAAUUUCCACAAUUUCCCCAUCUCGACUCGCUGGUGCUACGGCUGCUGCCACCACUGACACCACUGACAACCCCGAGGAGACUACCAAGGAGCAGAAGAUUGAGGUAAAGAAGGAGAAGAACAAGGCAAGGAUGGCGAGGUGGGGGAGGAGCCGCCGCAAAGUCGGGGCAGAAGAGGCUACCGCAGCUGCCACCGCCGAAGAAGUCAGGAAGCCGACCAAGGCAGAGUGGACGGGCCCGCGUGUCAAGCGGACGACCGCGGAGUGGGAGGCAGUAAGAAAGGAGAGAAGGAGACUAAGCGAAGAAAAAGAGGCCAAGGGCGAACGGGAAGGGUAUCUUACAGCAUUCAUGCAUGCAGAAUAAGACAAAUUGCUGAUUGAAGGCGGCAGCGAGGAAAGAGGCUGCCGCAGCCGCCGAGGCGGCCAAAGCAGCAGCAGCAGCAGAAGAAGAAGCAAAGCAGAACGGCCUCUAGCAAGAAGACAUCAAGCAAGAGGACGUCAAGCAGGAAGACUUGCAAUGAGAGGUUUUGAAACAACUUUCGGCCGAGAAGCACCGUUAGAGAGAAGUUUCAAGGAAGACAAUGGAUGUCAACCAGCGUGCGAAGAAGACCAAGACUGCUGCUGGCAAGAGACGACUGAGAGAAUCCAAAACCAAGAGAAACGAACGCGCUUGCUGGUGAGGAGCAGGGAGCCUGGUAAGGAGCAGAAAGGCUGGCGAGGAUGAGAAGUAAAAACGAUAUGGGACAUUGGGGCUUUUGAAGGUGGAUUUGUGUGACACGAAUCUCAAAUUUGAUCAAGUGUAUAUCCCUGGGACCAUCUCAAGGACAUGAGUCUUGCCACCGGGGUGUCGGCGGUUGGGAGUUCAGCGCGUUUGCAAGCCAGUGGGAAAGUCAGAGCAUGGCCAUAUGAACUUGUCGGCAUCAAGGUUUCGAAGGGCUUAAGAGCCGUACGUACAGUCAG